AUGUCCGUCGUCUCCGAGGCCACGACCGAGGACGACGGCGCGUUCCACCCGCGCUUCGCGACUGGUGGCGACAUCACCCUCACGGCCAUCGACAACACCAAGUUCCGCUUCACGCUCAGUACCCUUCGUAAGUUGCCUUCUUUCCAGGUGGAACUAAUGUCAGUGAGCUACUCCGCCCCAUCGUCUGCUCUGCACGACAUGAUUGACCUGCCUGGUGCUGUCCCCGGCCCAGAUCAGAUUCUGCCUCUCACACAUGCGCGCGGGCCGACCCUCGCCUUCCUUCUCGAUUGCAUCAACGAGGCCGAGAAGAGGAAGGCCGACGGCGUUCUGCCUCCUGGCAAUGCUCCUGCUUCCGCGACUGCCACCGGCGAGGAGGAUGAAGACGGCGAUGACGACGAGGAAGAUGACGGCGACGACACUUCUGACGCCGAGGACGAGAAUAGCCCCGCUGACGCCGCUUUCGCCGCCGCCAUGGGUAUGGUCCUGCCUGCCCUUCAACCCCGCAAGAAGGGCCCAGCUCAGACCGCCCCCUCCUACAGCGGUCUUCCUUCCGGUCGCCACCCGCGCCCCCGCGCCAAGGCUGCUAUCUUCGCUCGCGCCCCAAUCCUUCCCCGUCUCCCUGCAACGGGGCAGGCGAUCGAGCGCUCGAAGAUCCUCCUCCCUACGCAGCCGCCUGACGAAGACGAGUGGGGUCCGAGUGGGUCGGUGUCCCCACCUCCCGGUGAGGUUGCGGAUGAUUCACUUCAAGGAGGCGUCGGUGGCGAGGCUUUCGGAUUAUCUGGUGGAGGAGACGUGGCCGUCGAAACGUCUGACGAUGGAGGGGGCGAAGGUGGUGAUUCGCCCGGCCAGGACGCGAAGAGUGGGAAGGAGGGCGACUCGAACAAGACUGACACACCUCGCGCCUCGUCCCCUGCGCCCUCUGAUGCGCCCUCCACUGCUUCGUUCGCUGCUUCUGUCAGCGCUGUGUCCGUCAAGUCCGUCAAUUCCACCAAGUCAGCCAAGUCCGUCAACGUGCCCGAGUCUGUGGCCGCGUCCGAAGCUGGGUCUGAGGCGACUGUCACCCCAACGCCGCAGCCCGAGCUUCAUGCUCCCACCUUCGAGGAAGUGCACAAUGUGCUGGACGCAUUCGACUUGAGUUCGCUCAAGUAUGUCGUGUUCGAUGCGCUCAAGGCGUCGUGCGAGACGCACCGCUCCGAUACCGAGGCGCCUGCGCACGCCCUUUCGGUGGAAUAUAUCUACGCCUUCGCGUGUCUGUACUCGAUUGGGAACAAGAGCUACUGGGCGACUCGUUGCCUCGCCUCCGCUUGGCGCGCUGGUCUCGUCCCUAACGCCACGCCUCUUGAUCGCCCGCGUGUUCGCUUUGCCUCCUUGGACCAAUAUCCGCUCACGCUGCUCGCCGAGGACGACCUUCAGGCGCUCAAAGACAUGUUCGGCCGCUUCAACCGGGCGUUCUCGAUGUUCGCAUCUCACUUUGUCGGCACUCCGCCGAGCGACCGCAACCCGCGCUUCGGUCGCGCAUGUCGCCAGUGCCCCGUCAAGACCGAGUACGACGAGUGGCCCAAGUUCAAGAGUGCGCUGUUACGCGAGCAUCUCGCGCCGAUUCUCAUCAUGAACCCUCAGUUCAUACGCAAGAGGAACUGGCUGACUGACCAACUGAGGCAGUACAUUACCUGCCCGCGCUGCGCCGACCGUAUUAUCCACUUGGUCCUCAACCUGUGGAAGCGCGUCAAGAGCAACGACUGGAGCUUCAACAUCAGGAACCGCGGACGCAAGCCUCGCUUCGUUCACAAGCGCAAGCUCUACCAUGCUUGGAGCCACAUGUCGGCCGCGCAGCAGCAGGCCGUGCAGGCGCACCUGCAGGCCCAACUGCAGGCCCAUCAGGCUCAGCAGCAAGCCCAACCUCAGCAGCAGCCCCAGCAAGCGCAGCAGCAGGCUGCCAAUCUUAGUCUCACGUUCGCCAACCCGGGCGUCACGACCACCACCACUGCGACUGGGACGGGCUUCACGACUGUCUGGCAGCUUCCCGCGACCGCGCCAGGUGGCCCCGUGAGCUUCCAGGCAUGGACUGCGGCGCCGCCCUCGUUCGUCCCCAACGCUACCGCCGGGCAGGGUACAAACACGACCGCACCCGCCAGUGCUGCCAACCAUGUCGCGCCGGCUCCUGCGCCUAUCCCCGCGCCUGUGGCUCCGACCACCCAGCAUGUUGCUCCCCCUGCCCCAGCUGCCCCGAUCGCUCCCCCCGCGGCGUCGGCCGGGAACACCUCUCCCGCUCACACCGGCUGGGGUGCCCCUCCCCCUCCCCCCGCUUCCGCGAGCGCGCCGCCUGCCUCUCACUCCUCGUCGAGCGGGUGGGUAUCGGCUGCCUCCAGUGCCUGGGCGACCAGCGGCUCGACCGGCUGGGGCUCGUCGGCCCCUUCGCCCGGCUUUGGUUCUGGAGGCACGUCGUCCGGCUGGGGUUCUGGUGCGGGCACAUCGUCCGGCUGGGGUUCUGGUGCGGGCACAUCGUCCGGCUGGGCUUCGAGUCCGGCGUCGGGCUGGGGCGCGGGUCCGUCUGCCGCUACGCCUGCUCACGCCUCUGGGUGGGGUGCGCCACCUCAGUCGGGCACCAACAACACGCAGUCGAGCUCUAGCUCGCACACGGCGAUGAACGACGCGCAGGGCUGGGGCGGCCCUCCCCCCGCGAACGACGAUGGCUGGUGA